CUACAAUCCCUUUUCUUGACUACUCUUCUUCGUCAUCUUUGAAGUUCCUACAGUUCUCCGCGAAACUCCCAUUUUCGCCCUUCCUCAGCACUGUUUCUUGACAUCCUGUCCAUCUUCGCAGUCCAUCACCACUGUCACAAAAUGGCUGCGCCUGCUCCGCUUGCGUACGUCCCGCUGGACAACUUUGACAGGAACAUGUUCGAUCAUGUCCUCUCUGAUAACGUCGAACGCGUUGCCUUCAUCAACUACUUCGACCAUGUCAAUAGCAACGUGAAGCGACACAAACGCAAGACCGAGGACUGGUCGCGGGCGCGUGAAGCUUUGGAACAGUCGCUGCCGGUGCAGCACCCCGUUGGCGGCGGCGCGCCACCGCCUCCUCCACCGCCGCCGGCUCCCGUGGUUGCCAUCCAACCACCCGUCAUCGUCGCCAAUAUCCCUCCGGCUCCGGUCGCCCAGCCUUUACCCCCUCCUGCUCUUCCUGUCCAAGAUUCAGUGCCCCUCGCGAACAUACCUGCUCCGCCCGCUGCACAAGUCCAUACCCCCGCUCAAAAUUCCGAUGUCGCCAUUGGAGUCGUGUCAGCGCAAGCAGAUGAACAAGAUCUAUCUCGUUCCCCCACCUUUGAUAGUGAGGAUGAUUCUAAUGCACGGUCGUCAAAGCGAAAGCGCGAUGACGCCGAAGAAGAACAUUUGCCUGCAAAGCGGACACUUGUUAGCAUCGGGGGAGAUCGCUCACCCCAAUUCAUCCUGAACAACGACCCGACCAACGCCUUCUACCUGCCUCCGACUACGGGCCAGCGCCACCAUGUUCAAUCGGUUCUAGGAGGUGAUUGGCGGUUCGCCAAGCACUUACAUCAGUCUGACAUGCACCGAAAAGGACCAGGAAAGCAAUGGGGAAUACCUCCGAGAUCUUCCUCCCUGUUUGUGAAGCUCGACGAGACCGGCGCUAUUAUAGAUCGUGCGGGCGUGAAAGCAAUUGAUACCUCCUUCGAAGAUCCACGAUCCACCCAGACGACUCGUAGGGAGGUUGAAAUCGAAAAGCAGAUGAGCCUGGUGCUUCCAUCUACCGAGUGCCCCCACAUCAUCGCCCAGCGGGGCACGAGCGAACGGACUACAAACUUCUCGAUUGAGUACGCUAGACCGAAUGACAGUGACCCGAGUCGAUGGGAGCAACAAUACGUAUUUACGGAAUACGCUCCGCAUGGAACUCUGAACGAGUUAAUCGCCCGUCACAGCAUUUUGAAAACGCCCAUCCCGGAGCACUAUAUUUGGUACACCUUCAAGAACCUGGUCGAUGCGCUGAUCACGUUGAGAGACGGAAUUUGCCCCGAACAUCAAGAACAAAACGCCUUGGAGGAGCCGCGCGAGGACUGGCUCCCUAUCCUACACCUAGACAUUAAGCCCGACAAUGUCUUCCUUGGAGGCGCAGACUCGAAAUACCCUUCAUACAAACGCCCUUUAUUAGCCGACUUUGAUAUCGCAGUUCGCUCAGAACCUAAUCCCAAAAAAAGAGAGCAGCAAUACGACAGAGCACGUGGUCAUGGCCUCUCUGGAUGGCAAGCACCAGAACAUGCGCACGACUAUGUUGGCGACCCGAAAUACGAGCCUGCAAAGUGGCCGUUGACAGAACAAACGGACAUAUACAGUGUCGGCAUCCUCAUCCGUAGGAUGAUGUUAUGCAGUUCCAAAGACGCCUCGGAGCUGGACCGGAUCCAGAAGUUCGAAGCUGAGAACUUCAAAAAGCGACGGGAUCCAGUUCCCUUGAUGGAAUUGGCUCCGCCAGACCUAUACAGCGUCGGUCUCGUGAAUGCGGUGAAUGGAUGCCUAAAAUUUCUCCCCAUCCCCGAUGCAAGGCAACCAGGACGCCUUGCCAGACGUACGCUUAAGGAGCUUCGCGCACGCAUUGAGCAGAACCUAAACAGACUUGACGAUCUGCUUGGAGACCAGGUCACAGCGCCUGAUCAUCCGAGGACCCACGCACUCCAUGUCGAUUUUCCACCCGCCGACCAGCGAUUCGACCUAGGCAAGACGUUCAAACCCGACACCGAACGUACUGGCCUCAAAAUCGGCCUCAGCAAUACCGAGGACGAGAAAGCGGCCGCUCGUAUGGCAUACUCAGGUCUUGUGGAAAGUUGGGACGACCAUUCAUGUACAACCGCAGAAGCACAGGAGAAAGUGCUCGACACAGUUUACGAACAUGCGUACCGAGAGUUCCAGGUAGCUGGAAAGGAUCCCAAGCGCGACAUCCACAUCAUGGCUCUGCAGCAUGCACGCUCAACCAUUCUCAAGCUGAUCAACCCCCACGGGAGGUUCCACCAGCUACAGGGCAACAAGGACCCAGAUUUCUUUUCCCCGGACGAGAAGCAUCUCAUCCUAGAGAGCAUGGAGAGGCAUGCACUCUCCGUCCAAGAAGACACCAUGGACGAAGAGUUGGAGAAGGCGUCUAGUGUACUUUGCCAUGCGGUACGGUAUGGCAUGAGGCUGCUCGAGAUGGGCGAUGAGCCUGAGGACCAGAGGAUGGAUAGUCCGUCGGAGACGCAUAUAGGAGUAUGGGAAUACUUCAUUUCGCAGCCGGAGGGGGUCAAGAGGAAGGCGUAGUGGUGUUCGAGUUCCGCAGAGGACAUUAAGCCCUCGCCGG